AUGCAGGAAGCAUCGGUUGAUCUGUCGUACGACUCCAAGGAGCUGUUCGGUAGCGAGCAAUUCGCCGUGGAUGCGGCGCGCGGUCAAGGCAAGCUAUCGGGCAAGGCCAAGGCGGCGCAGAUCAGCCUGUCGCAAAUGAAUGCCUUGGUGUUCGGGCAAACCCUCCAGCCCGGCCAGGUGCUUGUGCACCACGCAACCACUCCCCAGGAUAUUCCUGCCGGCGGCAAGAUCAUCGUCACCCCGCCACCUGCUGGCCUCUUGGCCGGUGACUUGGGUGUUCGCGGCGGCGGUGCAGCCCCGUUCACCCGUGUACUGGCAGCGCCGGCCAAGGGGGAAUACACCUAUGACUCAGGUACCGGUGAAUACGCUUUCGCCGCUGCGGACGAAGGCGUGCCGGUAUUUAUCGAUUACCGCUACUCGGUCGCCACCGGCAAGAGCCUUUCCGUGCGCAACUUGCCGAUGGGCGAUAUGCCGGUGUUCCAGGGUGAGCUGUAUCUGAAAUACAAAGGCAAGUCGAUUUACGUCCGCGUGCCCAACUUCGUCAGCAACAAGUUGAGUCUUUCGACCAAGCAGGACGAUUACACCAUUCCUGACUUUGAAUUCACCGGCUACGCGGAUGAGUUCGGCGAAACAUUGACUAUUCCGCCAUUGGCGUUGGGCGAUCUGGAGCAGUUGCUGGAGCGGAUCAACCGCGUCAUGGCCGGAAACAUGGAUAAGGAUGCGAUUGCCACGGUGAUCGAUGCUACGCACGCCGCGCUCCGUCGAAAUUACCCUGACAUGGAUCGCCAGGAAGUAUCAGGGCUGCUUGACCUGCGCAAUUUCCGCGACGCACUCGAAGCCGUUAUGGGCGCUUCUGGCACAGGCCAAAGCCCGGUCACGCUGCGGCGUGACUGGGACAUGGUGAUGGUGGGCCAUAUGACGGACUACUGGCGGCAUCAUCCACCCGUGCACGUGCUCGUGGCUGGUUACAUGGGAUACAAGCCGACUGAAGGCGUUACGGAUGCGCCUGACCUGGCUAGCAACUUGGCGGCAAUGGCGGCAGAUAUGCGCGCGGAUCUGCCUGAGCAUCUGCGUGGGGCGUUGGAUGCAUUUGUCCCGCCCGCA